UUCGAACAAAUAUGAAUGAAUCUCAUAUUGAUCCAUGUCUGAAUCUGCUUUAGAGGAGGCCGCAGUCUUAUCUGCAAUUUACUGCGGAGAUGGAGAGUAUCAGUUAAUUCAAGUGUCCGCGGAUGGCGGAGUGGUGGUCGAAAUCAAGACGUGUGUGGGGGAUGUGAGACGGGUGGAGUUAAGUCUCUCGUUCAGUCUGCCCCCACAGUACCCGCUCUGUCCACCAGACAUCUCCGUCGCCUCCCCGGUCCUGUCCCGGGAACAGUGUCAGGACGUCCGGCGGAAGCUCCUGGAGCAAGCAGCAGCCCUGCCAGCGGAGCCAAUGGUCCACCAGCUUGUAUGCUGGCUGCAGCAGUCAGGGGAGGUGACCUCGGAGGGGGACGAAGAGGCGGCUCGGGUCGAGGACGCUGGAGGAGAGGAGUGGACGACCGUGCUGCUGUUGGACCACAUGCGCUCCAGGGGGCGCUAUGUCAAGAUGCUGGAACGCUGGACCGAGCAGCUGCACCUCACCACGAGACUACUAUCAGGCCGUUGGAUUCUGGUCCUCCUACGGGGAGCCAAGACGGACAUUAAGGAAUUCUGCCAUCUUUUGAAGACCGUGAAGGUGGACGUCGAUUCAUCGGGCAAGAAGUGCAAAGAGAGGAUGAUGAAGGUGCUCUGUGAAAGACCCUUUACUUUCUCCUCUUCUUCAAAACAUGGGCUUGCAUCCCAGGGGUCUGGUACAAAACGUUCCGGUGAAUCAUGUUUUCUAGAGAAGGAGUACCAGUCGACGUUGGAGCUGACGGAGGCCUUCCAGGAGGCCGGCAUGGCGGAAAUGUACCAGCAGAUACUGCCGUUACCAACCCUCUGACCAUUUAACGGACAAACUGACAGACUAGAAACCAGGAGUCACAUGUGGCGGUCUCAAGCUCACCGAUUGGUCAAGAGACCAAUCAAUCAGAUAUGGAAGUGUGAGAAGCUGUUGUUUCUAUCAGUUCCCUCAGUUAACUUGAAAUGUAUUAAUAUGGAUGAUAUUAAGUCAUAUAGCAAUAAUGUUGUUCUCAACUGUAGGGCAGAUGCGUUGCCGACUGAUGAAUGGGAAAAUAAAACUUGUCUAUCAAGGGAAUAAUAACUAGAUAAUAAUAACUUAAUAAUAAUACUAUGAGUGUUACUGUCGACCGGAUGCAGACGAAUGGGCUUGAACAAAGAAAGAGGAAACUGUUGAAUAUCUUUUAUUGUAAUUUAAGCAUAACAUAUCUUCAACACAGGUAACACUUCGAACAUUUGAAGACAUGUCUAAGGCAAAAUGGUCCAUGCGAGAUUUCAUCAGUCUACAUCUGAUCUCAGACCUGUUCUCAGGUAUACAGAAGGGGCUUUUGUAUCGUGGUUGGAGGCAAGAGCAGUUCUGUUUUCAUUCAUCAGUUAUUCAAUAAUUCAAUGGUUGUCUUCCCCUUUGGAAGCCUCGCCAAAGUCCUGUACAAGAUCUGUAAUAUGUAAAACAAGGAGAUGGAUGUUAAACAUGACAUUGCAAAGAAUUUUUAUUACAAAAAUUCCUUUGAGCGUGAUAAUGUUGAUUUUGUUAAAGUGAUGCUUAGAAUCUAUAUUAUAGGUAAUAUUAAAGUACAGUUCGAUGUGAUCAAUUUCGAGGUCAAGUAAUGUGUUGGCCUACCUGGAACAUUUUCAUAUUCGUCAUACACCUGCUGGCGUGCUUGUGUGUCAAGUGCUGCUGCUGCAAAAACAGAAUUGACACAAUCAGUGCAAUAAAAUUACCAAAAUC